AAUACUCUUCUAUACACGAGCUGCAUCACACCCACAAUUCAAUGGAGCACACAUUCAUUCUCCCCUCCUCCCCCAGUGUACGAAGGGAAGAUAGAUUCUGCCUGCUCGACUCUGAUGAGUAUGAUGUCCCAUUCUGGGACCUUCUCACGGCUGUUCUGAGAAGCGAGUCCUCCCCGAUAGUCGAUGUUUCCUCACUCAUCGAAGCUCUCGAGACUAUUGCUCUUAUUUUAAGGGGAACUACCUCUGGGGUGGACUAUGGAUUACUGCGCGAGUUCAUGGCGCAGCAUUUCGCCGAGGAAUCCGACUCUAUACGGUUCUUUACCAGAACCUGGCCUAUGCUGGUCGACCUGGCGCUCGAAAUGCCCAGUCUCUUUGUUCACGGAACACUGCCAUCAUUUGCUCCUGUCUUCGCGGAAGGGAUCUCGCGGGUAUCCUUCUCACGUAGACAAAUAGUGUGUUUAGUGGUUCAUCAAUUUUUAUGCUCCCUUCCACCGCAUCCGUGGCAGACAGAAUCGUUUGUUGACCUGCACCCUUGGUACACCUUGACCAGCACUAUUCACCGUGGUGCAGUAGACGCCUACCUCACAGCUCUGUUUACUUAUUUUGACCGGCUUCAUCCCUCUGCUGAGAACCCACGAUCGAUUCUCGACCUCUCCGUGGAAGAGUGGCCUGUAGUUUUCGAGUUGCGGACAAUUACAGACCAACAUGCUGACCGGAUUUUAUGUGAGAAGGCCCCAGACGCUGUCUUGCGUUCGACCCGUCUCGAGGUCCUUUCCCUCCCAGAGUCUGAAACUAGCCCGCAGCUUUCCGGACUUCCGAACGGAGCAUGUGUUAUUUCAGCGAACAAAUGCAUCGGACACGGUCCGUCGGGUACCCAGGAAGAGUUACAGGUGGGGACCUCGCCGGAGGCCUACCCGGCUACUCUCCUGGCACCACCGCUAUCGGACCAUCAGGUGUUAGUUUGCAGAGGGGCCGAAGCCAUGGUCUCGAUACACGGUUAUGGCCGGGAUGCGCGCCUGGGACAAGUGCCGAGGCAGCCCCAUUACGGCGCAGACGACUUCUGGAGAUGGAAGAGUCGGACAAUGUUGUUUAUGGACGCGCUCGAGCUUGAUGUCCUCCCUGUUGAAGGACAUUCCCUCAUUGCGGAUAUCUACCCUCCCUCCCGGCUAUCUAGAGACAUGGUCUUGAAGGCAUAUAACGCUUUUAGAUAUGGCAAGUACAGCCAGGUGAUUACAGGCUUAUGGGGCUGUGGCACGUUUGGUGGAAAUCGGUAUGUCAAAUGCAUUCUGCAAUGGUGUGCAGCUGCACUGGAAGGGGUUCCGGUGUUGAAGGUUGUCCUUGCUACAAGGGACCAGCAGCUGUUCGGAGAAGAGCUUGUUCAAUUCGCAGAAGAGGUUGAACGGCAUCGUCUAACAGUAGCGCAAAUGAUUGAGCUACUGAUUGACCCGAGGGCGUCUAUUCAUUCGUUCGGACCGACUGGGAUUUUCACUUCUAUCACGAGCCAGUUAUCGUGUCAGUAAUUCGUACACCAACAGCAUCCUGGAUGGCUGAUGGCGACGACAUGCGUUAACCCUUGAUUUUCCAACCAUAUCAAGACUAGGGUCCCGCACUGUAUAACUAUACAAACUACAAUGGCCAAGUCCACUGGGCGUAAUCAAAGACCAAGUCCAGAACACAAUUCCUUCAUUAGAGUUUUCUGGGUAUAGUUGCAUUAGCCUGAAUACGAAUAUACCAGACUUGGUCAUAGGAGGCGCUUUUAGGAAUCGCUUUUACCACCAAUCAGCUUUAUUAACCCUACACGAGAGACGGGGCGCUGGGGAUUUCCAAUAAAU